AACACUAUUCUGCGACCACCAUGGCUCAUACAGCAGCAAUGGACGUAGAAGACGACGACCCAGUGGUCGCCGAGUACGAUGUCUACAUUACUCCCGAGGUGGAGGAGCAGCAGCUCUACGUACUGCAGUACCUCAACAGACCGCCCGAUCAGCCCUUCACAAAAGCCACCGGAAGCCAGCCUGCCGAACUGCGAGUCAAGAAAGAGUCUGGCUUUAUCGAAGUCGACGUUCCAAUCAACAUCCGCCAGAACUACAACCGCGUGAAUGGUGUACGAUGGGGAGAGGCUAUGCGCAAGACGAAGGGAUUUGGGCAGAAGGCUUUCGGUAUUGCCUCUGGCUUUGAGCGAACCAUGCCACGCACCGGCAACAGGCCUGGCGCAGAAGGAGGUCCAGCAGCACCUGUGAUCACAGCUGAGGACGACGACAACCUCGAGGAGUACAUCACGCAUUUCGAGGAUGCGAAUGAGAAGGGUCACGUGCUGAAUGCGCAGACCUUUGGUGGACAGAUGUUGAAUGACGACGGCAAAGGACCGAGCUACAUGUUGGGAACCUUCCGUGACGACCAGCUCCACCUCACACGGCUCAACGGACUUGUGCAACUUCGAACGCAAUUUCACCACAUUGACGCCUCGGCGCAACUUGAAGCAGUCGCACGGCGGCGCGAGAAGGAGUCACAAGAAGGCGCAAAGCUGGCAGAGCCCAAGGCCUUCAUCCCCACUGUGAAGAAGGUAGGUGGGGACACAGCAGCCGAGCUGACGCAACAAUUCAUGAAGGCGGCGAACCAGGAGCCAUGGCACAAGCUGCAGUACUCUGACGAAGACUCCGAACUCGCAUACGAUUCUUACACCGAGCGCCUCUUCCUCCCGACCGCCAUUGAUGCACCAAAGCUACGAUCGAACCUCAACAACGACCAGUUCCUCGACGUCAUCAGCGCACCCUCGGCCGGCAAGGGUGCAAAGAGGAAGAACUCAACGAAAGAGAAGGAGCUGAUCGAGAUCUCCGACGAGUCAGAUGAGGAAGACGAGACCGUGAGCUAGUAAAAGUGGAUUCAGCAUGCAUCAUCUCGGAGUUCACAUCCCAAGCUAUUCUUAUGGAAGGCACAACAAGAUACCCAGCAAUACCAUUGCACUGUCAAGACAACGCACUUCGGAUUCGCCAGACUGUGGAUUGAUUGUGGAGGACCUCGAGGCACGCAUGGACUACCACUGAUACUUCUAGGCCAAAGAUAGAAACAUCUCUUUUCAGCCCGUACCGCGCAAGCUCACGAGGGUUUGCGAACUUACUCAUCAUAGAUUUCGAUGGGUCUGGGACAUGUAUGAACUCGAUCAAUAUUUUCGGCGCUAUACUCGAAUGGGGCUUUGACUGGCACUGGUCCGACAGAAGAGUAUCGAAAUGACAUGUUCACAAGAGAGAAAUGACCGCAGGCUGCAGGGUCGCUAAGGACUCCAAGAGCAGUACGAAUAAGUGUGUCUCAGUGGUCUUCAUUUGUUGUAAACGGCAG